AUGGCUCCACCAUCUGGUGUCUUUGGUCAAAGUUAUUCAAGUUCUACACAUGUGGAGUAUCAACCCCACACAUAUGCAUUUGCCUGGACAGUCAGAAGAGAUCACCCCUCUGAUGCAGGGGGGCACUUUUAUAUCAGAACAUAUGGGAUUCACAUACAGGCCGCAGCAAACAGUCUUGUCAUUUGGAGGCCUGCAGAUGUGCAUGGUACAAGCCUUCAAGACCUGGAUCCUCAUGAUACCAACCCUUCAUUUUUGCAAAGAGGCGUUGCGAUUGUGACACCCAACCAGCUGCCUUGUGUGUGGGAGAAGUACUGGGGCAAAGAGUACAAUAAUCAGCAGUGUCUAGAAAUUUUAGCUGAAGUACAUGGCUGCAUCGGACGCCUUGACAUCUGUUUGUAUUUGAUUGACUUUCCACUUUCAAUCAUACAGCUAAACUACAACGAGGCGGAGUCCAAAUACAACAUUCAGUUCCCAGUUUUGACAACCGCAAAAACAAUCUACCAAUGGCUACACGAUGUGCAUGUUCCUUCAUUUCUUGCACAUUAUCUGCCAACCGCACCCCUUAGCCCAGCCCAGAACAGCAUCAUUUGA